AUGGCCACCUACAACACCCCUGGUGGGCCAUCUACACAGUCCCAUGAACGUCUACACCCCUGGGGGCCAUCUACACAGCCCCAUCAACAUCUACACCCCUGGUGGGCCAUCACAGCCCCAUCAACAUCUACACCCCUGGUGGGCCAUCUACACAGCCCCAUCAACAUCUACACCCCUGCCCCAUCAACAUCCACACCCCUGAGGGGCCAUCACAGCCCCAUCAACAUCAACACCCCUGAGGGCCAUCACAGCCCCAUCAACAUCAACACCCCUGAGGCCCAUCUACACAGCCCCAUCAACAUCCACACCCCUGAGGCCCAUCUACACAGCCCCAUCAACAUCCACACCCCUGAGGCCCAUCUACACAGCCCCAUCAACAUCCACACCCCUGAGGCCCAUCUACACAGCCCCAUCAACAUCCACACCCCUGAGGCCCAUCUACACAGCCCCAUCAACAUCCACACCCCUGAGGCCCAUCUACACAGCCCCAUCAACAUCCACACCCCUGAGGCCCAUCUACACAGCCCCAUCAACAUCCACACCCCUGAGGGCCAUCACAGCCCCAUCAACAUCAACACCCCUGAGGGCCAUCACAGCCCCAUCAACAUCAACACCCCUGAGGCCCAUCUACACAGCCCCAUCAACAUCCACACCCCUGAGGCCCAUCUACACAGCCCCAUCAACAUCCACACCCCUGAGGCCCAUCUACACAGCCCCAUCAACAUCCACACCCCUGAGGGCCAUCACAGCCCCAUCAACAUCAACACCCCUGAGGGCCAUCACAGCCCCAUCAACAUCAACACCCCUGAGGCCCAUCUACACAGCCCCAUCAACAUCCACACCCCUGAGGCCCAUCUACACAGCCCCAUCAACAUAUACACCCCUGAGGCCCAUCUACACAGCCCCAUCAACAUCCACACCCCUGAGGCCCAUCUACACAGCCCCAUCAACAUCCACACCCCUGAGGGCCAUCACAGCCCCAUCAACAUCAACACCCCUGAGGGCCAUCACAGCCCCAUCAACAUCAACACCCCUGAGGCCCAUCUACACAGCCCCAUCAACAUCCACACCCCUGAGGCCCAUCUACACAGCCCCAUCAACAUAUACACCCCUGAGGCCCAUCUACACAGCCCCAUCAACAUCCACACCCCUGAGGGCCAUCACAGCCCCAUCAACAUCUACACCCCUGAGGGCCAUCACAGCCCCAUCAACAUCCACACCCCUGAGGCCCAUCUACACAGCCCCAUCAACAUCCACACCCCUGAGGCCCAUCUACACAGCCCCAUCAGAGUCCUCAAGUCGCCAUCAACGCCAAAAAAGAACUUUUUAAAGUCAAUUACUGAGCUCAUUCUCUAA